AUGCCUAAAAAACGCAAGUUAGAGGUAAGUGACGCUAGCGUUCCGAAGACUACACCUGUUGAAGUUAUAAUAGAAGACCUGACUUCUCAUCCAAUUUGUUUACAUGGGCCUACAUUACUAUUUUCAUCCGAAAAAGGGCGAUAUUACGCCUGUGCUCUAUGUAGAAAUAAAGAGUGUACAGUGCAUAUUGAUGAGGAAGAUUGGCAAAAGGAGAAUGUAAAGAAACGGAAUGAGAAAUACUAUAGUUUGAUACCGAAACUUGAUAAGCCUGCAUCAUGGAGUAAUCUGAGUGAGAUUAAAGCAGCCCACUAUACUGACCGUGCAUACUGCAAUACAUGUGAGGAACUCUACUUACUCUCACAACGUAAAAAACAUGCUAAAGACCACAGGAUCAUUACUCCGCUAACUGAUGAGCAACUGAGCCAUCCUACUACAUGGCUUCCAAUGUUAGAAAAUGACUCUAUUGAAGCCCAGUAUAUUUUUACUAAGAAAUCUGUCAGCACUGUGUUCGGAAUUCUUAAAAAUAAUAAUAUCAGCAACAUUCUUUGCAUUGGUACUCCUUCAGUACAUGAGGAAGCGAAAUCAAAUUCCGAAUUUAAGUCUUUGCUGCUGGAUUAUGAUAAACGCCACCAUCUCUUUCACUCGCCUAAGGAGUUCAUCUGGUAUAACAUGUUUAAUAAUUACCUAUUUAAUGGCAAUGAAGACGAGAAGGUCCUAAAGAAAUUCUUUAAGAAUUCACGUGAUGGCGGUAUAUGUAUCGUCAUGGACCCUCCAUUUGGUGGUCGUGUAGAACCCCUCAUACAGACCAUUAAGGAUCUGACAAGUUUAUAUAAGGAGAUAUGUGAUAAACCUGAUAAGGGGUUGCUGCCAGUGCUGUGGGCAUUCCCCUACUUCUCUGAGCCAUAUAUAACAAAUAUGGUGCCCGAGAUUAAAAUGCAUGACUAUCAGAUUGAAUAUACAAACCACAAAAAAUUCCAUAACAAAACAAAAGAUGGCUACAAAUUUGUUUCGCCUGUCCGCUUCUUUACAAAUCUGCCAUUGCGUACAAUAGACUUAUCGAAUGACAGUCACUACAAGCUAUGCAACAAGUGUAAAUUCUUUGUGGCAGUGAGCAAUAAACAUUGUAACAAGUGUGGCACCUGCACUAGUAAAAAUGGCAUGACAUAUAUUCACUGUGAUAUUUGCAAGCGGUGUGUUAAGCCUACAUUCUUCCAUUGCAAGGAGUGUGAUAGGUGUUGCCAGCAGAGAAAUCAUAUUUGUGGUGUCGUUGUUGAAAGUCAAUCUUGUUUCAACUGUCAAGAAAAAGGCCACAAGAAGUCUAACUGCCCCCAGCUGCAGAGAGAAGGAAAUAAAAAGAAACGCAAAAGCGCCUAA